AUGUCUAACCACUAUGUAGACUGGCAUUACCGUUAUGAGCAGCUUUAUGACGAUUUCCUCCAGCUCCAGAAAGAGCACACAAAACUAAAGAAACUGUACGAGCAAGCAGUUGAAGGGAGUGUCCAAGAUAUCAAUCUUAUUAAUAGGCUAAGCGCUGAAAACGAAGAACUGAAGCUUAGACUGUCACACUAUCAGACUCCAGAGCCUAUGGUUGAAACCAUGACUCGGACUCCAAAGAAACCUUUGCAGUCCUCAGGGAAUUCUGAUUCAUAUAUCCUAUUUACUCCAAGUCAUUCUAACCUAAAUAUUUCUAACAAUUAUGAUACUGAUACUCUGCAUGAGAAAUUGUAUCAGAAUACAGAAAAAACCCUCCAAGCACUUCCUGAUAAUAGCAUCUCCUUUAUACAUAACCCAAAAAUAUUUAUAUCUUUCCUUAUUUUAGGUAUUCCAAGAGAAAGAUUAGGAAAAUCUGACAAACAUAAGCCAGAAAUUCUCUAUGAAUUUCCUAAAGAAAACUAUUCAAUAUCUGACGAAGUAAAGAGAAUGGUGCUAAACUGCUGUUUCCAUUCAGAAGAAGAGCCUCAGCCACUUAAUCUUACUGGCUCAGGCUCUGAUUUGAAUGCUUUAUUAUAUGGACAAGUUUAUCACAAGCGCGGAAACUCUUGUUUUACAUUUACCUUAAGAUCAGACCAGCCAAGAGACACUUUAACUGAUCUCCCGAAUUCCAAUAAAGACUUGUAUUAUGUGUUUUGCUUGAAAAUCGAUGAUUUGACUCCACAAGAAGAUGGGCAAGACGAAUGGAAAAACACCAAAAUUUACUGUUUUAUUACAUAUGUGCCAAUUUUUGAGCUCCAUUAUGAAGUUUUAUCGAAUUUACUGCUAUUAAAAAGACUAUUCAGGAUGGAGCAGCUAGUAAAUGAUGAUAAAAGUAUGCAUCUGAUAGGAGAAGAAAUUAUCACCCCAGGAGAAAUCAAGGUCUUAGAAAAUUAUGCAGAAGUAGAAAAUAUCGGGGCGAUGCUAAAUAUUGAAAUUGAUAUGGACAGGCUUGAUCCACUUAAAUAUAAAUGCCCAGACGAUCUAAGUGUUAUUGACGUCCCAUGGUUUUGUGCCCCAUUGUUUUCUAAGCUCAGCUUUAACGAUUUCUUUUGGAUUUUAUCUGCAGUUGCGCAAGAAAAAUCAGUUGUAUUUGUAUCAGGAAAUUUAGGGUUAUUAACAUCUUGUGUUUUGGCUUACCAGGUUUUAUUGAGACCAUUCAGAUGGCCAAAUCUGAUGAUACCAAUUCUUCCGAAAUGCUUAAUUGAUGUAUUAGAUGCCCCAGUCCCACUUAUAGCGGGUAUGACAAAGCCGCCAAAAGCACGUGGAGAUUUAAUAUGAGUUUAUUUAGAUGAAACAAACCCAUCUUCACGUAUACGGGGAAGGACGUCUAUUAUUCAAGAUGCAAAAAUACCUGAAGCUGUACAAUUAAAGCAGAGAAUAAAAAAUGUGUAUUUAGCUUUGAAUUCUAAUGAAAUUUGUUUUACUCCUUCAUUAGAGCAGAAAUUGGCGUGCAUAGAGAUUGCCGAAUGUAUAAAGGAUUAUUGGUUACAAAUCAUUGAUAUCACCAAAAUGUAUAAUUAUAAAGACAUGAAAAAGCUUGCUUGGCAAAUUAAUAAAAGAUUCCCAGAUGGAGACCACGAUUUUCUGAAAGCUAUGCUGCAAACUCAGCUGUUUAAUAAUUUAGAUGAAGAGGUUUUGCAUAGCACUUUCUGUAACGACUAG